AAAUACCGACGAUAAUAAAUCAGCACUGAUUAUUAUAAAUUUGCACCUGGCUUUACCUUUACUGGUAUUUAGUAAUUGCCCGAUAAUAUGUGGUUUAACGACAUCUUUACUAACAACUAACAACCAUUGAGCUUUGUGAACCUUUUUCCAAUUAAAAAGGCCCUAGAUGUUGGUCUAAUUAAUUAUUAAUAAGCUUAAUAAGAAAGAAGCAACACAGAUCCGUUCGGUUGGGACCUUGACGUUUUAUUAGGCUAAUUAGUAAGUUCAUGUACUUGAAUUGAUACUUAGAAAAACACAUAUGUGAACGUACUAUUCACGCAAGCUGUGCAAGUAAUUGUUUUGUUUCAAUGGAAUUGUUGAACACAAACGUGAUUUUCUAAUUGACAUUAAAUCUUCUGCAUUAUCGUGCAUAAAUAUUUCUUGCUUUUCCACUAGCUGGCACAGUGAAAGUAAGCAAUUUUACUUGUGCGAUUGAACAUCAAGUUUUUAAAGUUGUUUCAAUUGAUGGGCAUAUCAGAACGGAAGGAUGAUUAAAUGCACCAUUAUCUUUAAUUGCCACCAGGCAGCUUCAUGUUUUACUUCAUGUUCUUUUAAUUAAACUGUGUUAAAGUUAUGAAGUCAUAUUAUGUUAUCCAGAUCUACUAGGCAAUUGUAAAAAUCAAAAGCUGUGCAAAGCUACUCAUUGUUUUAUUGUUUUUUAAACAAAUACGUUUAUCGCCUUAUCAACGUCUAGGUUAAAACCACAUUAAGUACUUGAAAUUGCAUCACAGAAAAUAAAUAAAUAUGUCAAUAUCAAUAAACUUAUCGAUGCGAAAUUCUUUUAAAAGUCUGCACUUUUCAAUUCAUACCGGUAUCAAAGGAAUUGCAAAAAAUACAUCAGCGCACAUCUACGGGAAACACAUUUAUUCCGCAUGUUUCAGGCAUGAUUAUUUAAUGUUUCAUUUAACGAAAAGAUGUGUGUUGUAUAUGUAUAUGUCCAUUAUUGCAGCGAGCGAUAACAUUGAAGUCUUUAGUCACGCGAUAGUCAUUCAAUACCACAAACAACUUGCAAUUUACCACUGAGGUUUAACCGUUCCUAGAUUGAAAUGUUCUCUCAUUGUAUCAAUAGUGUAAUCUAUGAGAUUGUUGACUGGUUAUUCUACUAAAUAUUCUUAUUGGACGUUAUUUACUCAAUUCGUGUGUUACUUACAAUCAACAAUUACCAGGCUUUUGUCAUUAAUUCCCGGAAAUUCCCAGUUUUGAAUAACAUUAUAAUAUUUAUUUUUCCGAAUGCGUGUUAUUGACUUCGAUCUAUUGACGUAAAUUUUCUUCCAGACGUUUUGCAAGCGCGAGCCGCUCCCAUCUUCAAACUAAUACAACGGCAUUUCCUAUCAAUAAUCAAACAGCCCUGUACCAACAUUUAAUAGAUCUACAAUACCAAUGCUAAGUACAUUGUAAACAUUUGCAAGCAGACCCGCAAAGUGAUAAAAUGUUGAAUAUGAUUUACAAUACUAAUUUAUUUUCAUCUAGCGUUGCUGACGUUGAUCAUUUACAUCGUUAAUUAGACAAGACUUGCGAAUUCUUUGAAAUUGGUUUGAUAUUGCAGUCGGUGGAAGCACAACAUUUAUACAGGGGCGUAUUUUCUUUGAUUCUUCCUCCCAAUGUUUUCCCUUCGACUGCGCCAGUGCCUGCUUUUGCUGUUUCUCUGUCUCUUCAGUAGAGCAAAUAUCUCCGAUUAUUUCCUCACUGCCAUCUCGCCCCGUAUCCCGAACAUACGUGUGUAAUUCUAUUGGAUAGGAGAAGAAAUGAAAAAGCCAUGGAAAAGUGGAAAAUGGUGCCCCCAGAUGGUGGUUGGGGAUGGCUGGUGCUUUUCGGAGCGACGCUCGUCAAUAUCCUGGUCCCUGGAACAAUCAAGUCAUUCGGAAUCCUAUUCUUGGAAUUUCAAGAAGCCUUCGAAACCACUCCUUCCGAAGAAAUGUGGAUUCCGGCGUUGUGCUAUUUCCUUUAUAGUUCCUUAGGUCCUGUAUCCAGUAUUUUAUCGCUUAAGUAUUCGUAUCGAACAGUAACGUUCCUAGGAGGUGCAUGUGCUGCAGGCGGCAUGAUAUUGAGUUUUUGGGCGAAUUCUGUGCGUUACUUGUUUUUCACUUAUGGGUUCUUAUUUGGGUGUGGAGCAGGCCUAUCAUUUCCACCAACCGUUUAUAUUGUUUCAGGCUAUUUUGUAAAACGCAGGGGCAUUGCCAAUGGAAUAUGUAUAUCUGGAUCGGCGUUUGGUUCAAUUCUACUGCCCCCUUUGUUGCGACUUAUUUUAGUAAACUACGGUUAUAAAGGCGCGUGCUUAAUAAUGGGAGGUAUAACUCUCAACGUGUUCGUGGCAGCUCUUUUCUACGAGCCUGUCGAAAAGCAUCUUAAACGAGAAAAGAUAGAUGAUGGAGAUACCGUUGAAGAGGCUCCGGAGCUGAAACAAUCGAAAUUCAUGUUGAGCGACGACAGUAUGACGUCCCUGCAUCACAUACCGCAUAACGAUCCUUUCUUAGAACAGAGUGAUAUAUCUGAUGCCGGAUUUAACCGAAGUGCUUCUAGUGCCGCAGUACAGCAUACAAAAAGCACUCAAAGGGAAAGGAAAAUUAGCGUCCCAACUGGCAAACAAGAAGUAAUGCGCUAUAAACAAGGCUAUACUGGGUCGCGACAUAACAUGAACAGCAACUCCGCUUUACAUGCGGUACCUGAAGCACAAAACGGAGACACAGAUAUAUUAUCUCAUAGUAAGAUGCAUGGCUCAAGGAUCAGUAAUCGUGCAGGUGCUCCGAAGCGCAGUACCUCGACUAGUUCCUUUCAGUAUGUCAGUACACCAUUCCAUGGCAGUACUCUCACUUUACAACCCGAAAUAUUUGCAAGUUCAUUCAGCUUAAAAUCGACGACAAAUAAAAAAAACGGAACACCUCCCGCGAAGAAAGUUAAGCUAUUUGAUAUUUCUCUGCUAAAAGAUCCCCUUUAUCUAAUUAUUCUAAUUUCAAACGCCACCAACGCGAUCAGUUAUACCAAUUUCAUCAUUCUAUUGCCCUUCUAUGCGAUGAAGCUUGAUUUUGACAAAAACAGCGGCGCUAUGCUCUUAUCAUUAGUAAGCGCUCUGGACCUGGUUGGGAGAAUGGGCGGUUCAGCACUUUCAGAUCUAACAAAGUUUCCUAAGUCUUGGUACUUUGUUGGUGGCCUUUUUAUUUCCGGGGUUUCACUAGCGUUAAUGCCCUUCUUCAAGCAGUACUGGAUAAUUGCAGCUUUUUGUGCAGUAUUUGGUUUAGCUUCUGGUACUUAUGUAGGAAUCACAGCUAUUGUAAUGGCAGACAUGCUUGGCGAAGAACGCUUGCAGUCUACAUACGGAAUCUCUUUGUUUGUGAACGGUAUUCUUCAGCUAGUUGGUCCGCCUAUCUGUGGAGUCUGGUUCGAAGCCACUCAAUCGUUCGUUUCUUUAUUUUGUAGUUUAGGGAUCAUUUUAGCGGUCGGUUCUUCGCUUUGGGCCUUCGUUCCUUGCAUAAAAAAGCCCGUUGCUGAUAAGUCAGAUUCGGAAGAUAAUGAUGAAUAACCCCCUUUAAUUCAUUAUUUAUUCAUUAAUGAGCGGCAUGGUAUUGUAAACCAAGGUAUUGAAACUAUUUGUAACUCUGCCAAAAAUUUCUAUAAGUAGAUGCCCUUCCAAAUCUACAAAAAAAAUUAUAUACUUGCUAGUGUAAUUGACCCAAUAUGCAAUUAACUCAAAUCCUCCUUUAGUGUAGACAUCAACCUACUGAUGAAGAAAUUUUCAUUAGUAAAAUGAAUUUGGUUGGCAACUACUUAUACGAUGUAUUUAGCUUGCAGCAAAAUUUGAGCACUUUUGCAACGUUUUUACCGCCUUGUCCAAACCAGAAGUUUAAAAUUAAUGUUAUUGUGUACUCGCAAUACUGUUUACAGGCAGUCGCAGCCCAUAAUACAUAAAAAAACUAUCGUUCUAAUUGCCACACAGUACAAAGUCUAUAGGUAUGUUUGUUUACCACAAUUGUAGGCAUAUUAAUAUUGUAGGUUUUUUAUGUCAAUUAGGGCUGAAUUUGUUAAGGCCAUUGUGCGUUAAAAAAAUUUAAAUGUACAUAUUGCAUGCAGAACCAAAACAUUUUUUGUCUGUUUAUAUAUUAUUCACCAAAUACCUACCGACCCUCAAAAAAAAAACGAAACAAGCACUUUAAAACAUCCGUUUUCGAAGGGAUACCUAUAUAAUGCCAUUGUAACUAAAUCAUAUCAAGGGAAGUGCUUUACGUAUUUAUAUUUUUGUAACAUAUUUUACUUUAAUGUCUAAUACUUAUUAUGUAUGUUCUUAGGAUGUGGAACUACGCUUGUGGUUUCAAUCCCAUUACACUUUUGUAAUAUAUCGAGUUUUCUAUCAUUUUUUUUCGUAUCUAGAUUACGGAAAACCGCCAGUGUGAUUGAAUGUUUAAGUUUAAGAUAAAAAUAAAGCAAUAUAUUUUUGUUCUAAAA